AAAGGAGUGAGCACACUCUCCUUGCACUUCUGUCUGGAACAACAGAAGAUGUGAAUUUGGCCUCGAGGAGACAACCAUGGCCACAGCACAAAGUAUUCCUGAUGAGCAUCAGCUCAGAAGCAAAGGGAGGCAAGGUCUACAAGAGAUGCUGACAGAAGUGGGAUUGUGUGUGCAAUACUGGCUGCCUAAGCUUGAGGAACACCUGGGUGUGACCUGUGCACAGGCCUUCCUAUACUUAGAAGAAAAAGACGUCCAGAAGCUGAAAUCCCAUGUACAACAUCCCUGGGAGAAAAAGGCUCUAGAGAAGCUAUUUGACCUCUCACAGUCCAAUAGUCCCCCAGAGUUACAGGAGUCUCCAGCGGAGAUGAUAAAGAAAAGGCAGCAGCAGGCAAAAAAGGCAUUUGAGGAGCUGAGGGACUUGCAGUCAGAGGGGAGGCACAGACAGGACAGAGCAGUGAAGAGAAAAGAAGCAGAGCUGAGACAGGCACUGGAGAUCCCAGAAGAGUACUGGCCACUGCCUGAAGUGCCCCUAAGAGAAGUCACUGCAAACAUGCAGAGACACCUCAGUCACGUGGAGCAGACACUGACCCACAGGCAAAACCUCCCAGACAGAGAUCUGGUAAGAUGGGCCUCUGGAGGACUGGCUCUGCAGGGAAUUUAUAAGACCAGCCACCAAAAGGACCUGAUAGAAAGAAGAGAAGAGAUACUCAGUGUCCCCAGAGAAUUCUCACUCUUAGGACCUGAGCAGGGCAAAAGGAUGGAAACAAAAGAAUUCACAACAUCUCAAGAAGAAUCCCUGUUCAGCCAGACUGUGGAGAAGCUGGGCUUUGGUGUAAUGGUAUCAGCCAGGGCAGGAGGCAGGGGAUUUAGCCUAGAAGGUGGAAGGAAUCAAAGCAAACAUUCAGAAUCAAAGAAAACCAGUGAAUUACAUUCAAAUCACUCCUAUUUCUGCUCAUCCAAGUUCAGCUAUGUUCCACUGGCCUCCUUCCACUUUCGCGUUGAUCAGCUCCAGCUCUCCAAAGCAGCUCUUCAGGAACUGAAAAGCAUCGAAGAACUCCUAAAUAACAGUGCUGGGCCAGACAGAAUCCCCUUACUGAGGCACAGAACAGAAAGCUUCUUCCACAGGUUUGGCUCUCAUGCUAACCAAGGCCCUGUUCACCUGGGGGGAAUCUACUGCUGGAAGGCCAUUGCAGAGGGAUUCAAAAGUGAGCAACUGGCUGGUGUGAAGCAGCAGGCGGCAGAGGCUCUGGAUAUUUACAUAAGGGGCAGCUACAGUGGCUUUGGAGUUAAAGUUCGUGCAAGCAUGAAUAUGUCUGAAACUCAUUCAAAGAAAACCUCUCAGAAAAGAACUUGUCAGAACCUUCGAACCAAAGUCCAGUUAUCUGUGGCCCAGACAGGUGGGCCACCAGAAGCUGAAGGAAUUGUCCAGUGGAAAGCCGGCCUUGUUGCCAGCAAUCAAACCUGGUCUGUCACUGACCGGGGACUUCAGCUGGUGCCCAUCUGGGACAUCAUCCUCUUCAGUCACAGAAGUGAUUUUAGGAAUGCAUUUCAGCUGGCUAACUGCCUGAAGGACAACUACACUGUUCUGACUGGCCUUAAUGCCCGUAUCCAGGAUGAAGAAUUACUCAGUGCUGGGAAAGAUGCUAGGCUUUUCCAAAAGAAUAUGAAAUCCUGUGAGGUUUCUGAUUAUGACGGGCAGCUUAAGAAGCUCACAGACUUCAUGCAAACAUUAAUUCAAAAACUUAAAUCUUAUGAUAUUUGGAAUCACAUGCACCUCACAGGCUGGGAUCUGCAGAAUUUUCUAAUAAACACGGUCAAUUUCCUUAAAGAGACAGCCAAUUAUGUAGCUCUUUUUUUCAAAUCUUGGGUGUCUAGAUUUCCAGAUCCUCCUACAUACAAACUGACAAACUUUCCUCAGACACAGUCCAUCAUGCAGCAGUCAGAGUUGGAGAAAGAACAAGUAAACAUAACCUCAUUUUGUGAAUUCAUUGAAAAUUUAAAAGAAAUUCACCAAAACCUCAUUGAAGUGAAGGUCAAAAAUGGAUCCCCAGAAACAGUGGACGAAGCUCAAAGAAAGGCCACAUACGAGGUCACCGCAGCUCUCGGCUCCUUCUUGAAUCAUCUCCGAGAAGCAGAGCAGCCAGACAUGCAGCUCCUGCUGCUCUCCAUUGCAGCUGCUGCAGGCUACCAGUCUGCAAACAGUAUCUUUCAGCCUCUACUCCAGUGUGAUGUAUUAAACUUCCUCUUGGAUCAAAUGCAAACUGUCCAACAUAGAUACCAGAAGCUCCGAAAUAUUUGCAACUACAAGGCACAGGCAUUCCUGGUGCUCACAGCUCUGAGUGCCACUGUUGAAAUCACAGGUAUUUCUACAGAUGAUAAAAGACAACGCUUGGCAUUAGUAAGACAACACAUAGGACAAUCAUUGUCUGCAGAAGUUGCACAUGUCCUUUCACGACUUGGAGAAAACUUUCAUGAUUGGGAAAAUGUAGAGAAAGACUUGAGAUUACUCGUUGAUGGGGAUUGUGAAGCCACGACCUCUUCUUUACAAAUGGACAAGGUGAAAAAGAAAUUGCAACUUCUCCGUCAUGAAAUCAAAGAAUCUCGUAAACAACUAAAUAUUGAAAACAAUAAAAAGAAGAUGAUGAAGAACAGCCCUUUUCUAGACUUACUCAAGCGUCUAGGCCUAGAACAUUUCUACCCAAAAAGGAUGAGCAGAGCUAACUUCCAUCUGAUCUACAAGACUUCCGUGUACAACACCCAGCCCAAAUCGGAGCAGGAACUGCCCUUCUAUUUCCUGCAAAAGUUAUUGAUGCUGGAUUGUGGGCUCAGACACCUGAAAUUCCAAGAUGCUGGAAACAGAGAAAAUCAGGUCUAUACUGGGCCCAAGAAACAGAAAAAUGAUGUUUUUGAUCCAUAUGAAGAGAUCUUUGAAGACAGUGACAAUCCCACUAAGCCUUCAGCCACUGAGUCUCAGCCCCACAUCCACCCAAUGGAUAUCCAGAUGGCCAUUUUUCACUGUGCAGAUGAUCUCAUCAAACAAUAUAUUUUAACAAAACUUUCCAUUUGCCAAUAUGCACUCCCCCUUUUGGUGCCAAACCCCCAAAAUUCUCAAAUUGAAUUCUCUCUCUGGUCUCUCAGACAAAUUAGGAGAAGUUGGAAAGAUGCAAGAAAAUCACAACAGGACCAGAGCUACAGUCACAAGAAUCAGGCGAUGUGCAGUGUCUCUGCCCCCAUUGUGUCAUUCAUUAGAGUUGGAAGUGGCCUUUGUGCUUCCAAAUCUCAGAUCAUGAGCUCUCUUCUCAGUAAACGUAAACACGAUGUGUUUUUUCACAGACACUGCAGAGGAAGCAGUAAACACUGUGUCUUGAUGGGGGGAGUGGUGGAGAUCUGCUGGUUCUGUCCUGGAGGAGAAGAGGAGGACAGAUUUGACAACUGUGUGGCCUUCACCAAUCUUCACGGAGAUGCCAAGGAGCAUAAGCAGCAGCUUGCUUUCCUGAAGGAGGUCUCCUCCCUCAUUGUGAUCCUCAUGUCAGCUUCUGAUGACAGUAAAGAGAACCAAACACUCGUCAGAGACCUGUGUGAGUCACCAAUACCUUUGAUUUGCUUACUUGAUGACAAAGAAAACAUCAUGACUAAUAAUACUGGCAAAAGGGUGAGAAUUGGGGUCAGGAAUAGAAAUGAGGCAUUAUUAACAGAGAAGCUCACAACCACCAUAAAGCAUUUACUAGACCUCUCAAGCACUGCUGUUAGCAUAGAGGACUGUUCAGAGGUGGCUCGAAUACAAGGGUUCCUUGUUGAUGAAGACCAGAGAGACUGCAAGGAAGCCAAAGAAAAGGCAGAGACAAUAAUGGCCCUUUUAGCAGAAUCGAAGCUAUCUCAAAUAAAGGAAAUCUUCCUGCCUCUCCAGGGACAACUAUGGCACCUUUGGUGUGAAAAAGACAAAGAACUGUAUCAUCUGAGAGAAAAGGGAAAUCGGAGCAUUGAACAGCACAAGAGUGAGAUUGAGACAGAUAAGAGACUAAUUCGAUGUCAGCAGUUGGAAAAAGCCUUUCCCCUCAAUGAUUUAAUGUGCUCUGUCCUUAAAAUCCUUCAAGAACAUUCAGAAACUCACAAUAGACUCUACUUCUUAAAAUGGCUUAGUAUUUUUCUGGGAAACCUGAACAAAGACCACUUGGAAAAGUUACAGGAGAAUCAAAAAAAUACCUGGUCAAUUAUACAAAGAGAAAAACAGAAGAAGCAAAAGAGCAACUACAUGAAACUAUGUCAGAGUCAAAUAGAAACUAUUUCCACAGAGAUUCUUAAUUGUACCUUGGGAGUUGAGCACCUUCUCAGAGAAGUUGGUCAGAUCUAUGAAGCUCUGGAAGAAACUUCCUCCACUAGAGAUAGCCUUUUUCUCUGCCUCCCCCAAAUUGCUACAGACCUCAUGAUCUCUGGUGUUCCCAUUGAGCUGAUGGAUGGGGAUGCUUCAUAUGUGCCUCUCAAGUGGGUGGCAGCUGUUUUUGACAAGAUCUCAGAGAAACUUGGAGACAAGCAGCUGUUUGUUCUCUCUAUCCUUGGCCUGCAGAGCUCAGGGAAGUCCACCCUGCUGAAUGCCCUUUUUGGGCUGCAGUUCACAGUCAGUGCAGGCAGGUGCACCAGGGGGGCCUACAUGCAGCUCCUGAAGGUGGAGGAGACAUUCACAAAGGAAUUUGGAUUUGACUUUGUGCUGGUUGUAGACACAGAAGGACUUCGGGCCCCAGAACUCAACAACAAAUCCCAGAACUGGGACAAUGAGCUGGCAACCUUUGUCAUUGGACUUGGAAACUUGACUCUGAUCAAUAUUUUUGGGGAGAAUCCCUCAGAGAUGCAAGAUAUCUUACAGAUAGCCGUCCAAGCCUUUCUGAGAAUGAAACAAGUAAAACUCUCCCCCAGUUGUCUCUUUGUCCAUCAGAAUGUGGGAGAAGUUACAGCUAAAGACCAAACUAUGGAAGGACGAUGGAGGCUAUUGGAGAAGCUAGAUAAAAUGGCAGCAUUAGCUGCAGAACAGGAAGAGUGCUUUCAUGUGACUCGCUUUAGUGAUGUCAUCAAGUUUGAUGUCAAUAAUCACGUCUACUACUUUGCCCACCUCUGGGAUGGCAAUCCUCCAAUGGCCCCUCCCAAUCCUCGCUACAGCCACAAUGUGCAGGAACUGAAGAGUAGAAUUCUGUUGACUGCCCAACAGGAAUCUAGGAGAAGCAUCAUGAAGAUCUCAGAUGUCAAAACCCGAGUUCAAGAUUUGUGGAAAGCCCUGGUGAGUGAGAACUUCAUUUUCAGUUUCAGAAACACACAAGAGGUUAUGGUCAUGAGCAAACUGGAAACCAUGUAUAACCAGUGGACCUGGGUGCUGAGGAGUCACAUCCUAGACUUACAGAAUCAGCUGAACAAUCGGAUUCAGAAUGGGAAAAUCCUGACAAUCACAGCAGACGUGCUUGAAGAUCCAGUUAAUAAGAAAUAUGAAACUGUCAACCAAGAAUUUGAAAAAUAUUUUAAAGAAGACCCAGAUAGUGAAAUAUUGAUUCAGUGGAAAGCAAAUUUUGAACAUAAGCUACUGAUCGUUAAAGAUGCACUUAUUUCAGAAACCAGAAGGAAAGCCAAUGAACUCAUUAAUCUGAAAAAAAUCCAAGAAAGGCUGAACAGCCAGAAGACACUUUAUGAAACUCUAUUAUUAGAGAAGAGUCAAAAGUUGGCCUUAAGUGUUAAGGGCAAAGAAUUAAGUAAUGAAGAAUUACAUAAGAAAUUCAAUCAACUUUGGACAAACUUGGUCCAUAAUGUAUCCUCUGCUGCCCCUCUUAUCACAGAACCUAAUAUUGACUUGGAUUGUGAAAAUAUCCUUUGGGAGCAUUUUAAAAAUGAGAAAAAUCUGUCACAAAAAUUAAAGGGAAAUUUGGGGGAAGCAUUUCAAGUCAAUUAUAUGAAACAUAUCCUAAUGAGAAAAGAAAAUUUCAGUACAAGGGGCUUAGAAAUCUGUCAGAAAGAAUCAAUCAAUGAGACUACUAAUAACAUUCUUUCAAGAGUUAAUGAGAUGAUUAAAAACAUUUGGAAGCAAAAGCGUGAUUACAGUCAGAAUGAUUUCCAUGAAAUCCUAAGAAUAAUAGAAGAAGGAAUAAAAUCUGUGCCCACUGAAGAAGGAUACACAUUGACAAGGGACUACAGCAUUGACUUAUCUAUGUAUUUAUUCCAAAGAGCAUCAAGGAGCUUUAAGGAAUUGCACAAGGCAUUCAAGAGAGCAAAUGACCCUGUGAACUAUCUGGAAAGCAAGAAAGAUGAUUUCUUCCUGAGCUUUAAGAUUUCCUGCCAAGGUGCAACCUCCAUCACAUCCUUUGUUGACUUUCUGUGGCUCAAGCUCAUCCCCGCUAUCUCUGCCUCCAUAUGGGGGAAACUGGGUCCCAAAAUAGCUGGAGACAUGCGAGCCACCUGCCCUGCAUUCAAUGGGAACAGGGCUAACCUGGAGAAACACAUUCUCUUCUCUCUGGCAGAAGAAGAAAAUUUUGAUCAUUAUUGGAAAUACAUUCAUCAUCCCAAUUCCUUUUUUAAGGAUUACAUUGGAUACCAUGUUAGAAGAUACUGUUCAGAAGAGGGAGCUCCAAGAAUAAAGACUUUUUUAACGAUGAGUUUAGGUCACAUCAGGAGUGCCAUCCUUACUGCCAUUCAUGAGUCCACAGCUGUAGCUAAAGGUGAAAGCAGCACAGUGUCCAGGUGGCUGGAUCUGUUCUGUGAUCACCUGGGGAGCAACCUGAUCUUCCCCCGAAGUGACUUGAUGAGCAUUGAACAUCAGGAGAUAAAAGAUAUUGAGUUUCUCAAAGAAGCCAUGAGUGCAGCUUUGGAUCUUGCAAUGGGAAAAGUAGAAGAGGAUUGCUCGAGUAAACCUGUAGAUGAAUUGUUUCCUGAAGUUGAGAAAAUUCUAUCUGAACAUCUCUGUGGCUGUUGGAAACAGUGUCCCUUCUGCAAAGCAAUUUGUACAAACACCAUUCCUUCCCAUGAAGGUGACCACAGUGUGCCCUUCCACCGUCCUCAGGCUAUUACAGGGUGGCAUAAGCAUAAUACAGAAUACUUUGUCAUUCGCUGCUGCUCUAGUUCUGUGGCAAGUGACCGUUCAUUUAGAUUAUCAGAUGGUGCAAAAUUCCCAUAUAAACAAUAUCGGAAGGCAGGAGGUAAUUUUGCUACAUGGAGCAUCACUCCAGACUCAUCGGCCCAGCCAUAUUGGAAAUGGUUUGUUUGUCAAUUUAAGUCAAAUCUAGAAAUAAAAUAUAGUAAAAAAUUUACACGUAAAGGUACAAUCCCAGAUACAUGGGACAAAAUCACAAAGCAAGAUGUGCUGGAUGACUUGAAGAAAUAAUACUCUGUGACCACAAAGGAGCUGUAGUAUCUGAACAACAGAGUCAUAGGACCCAAUCUUAAGAAGAAUCCUCCUUAUAACUAGAACUUACAAUAUUCAAGUCUAUAAAUGGAGUAAGUAAAAGUAACUCAAUUACCAUUUCAAGAUUUUAAAAUUUCCUAUUAACAUGGUUUUAUUUAACUAUGUCUUGAUUCCUUCUGAUUUAAAAAUAAAGUCCUAGCCUGGUAUAGUGCUGCAUGUCUUUAGUCCCAGCUCUUGGGAGACAGAG